UGCAGUGGAACAGACAGAAAGCUGCUGCAGCGACGUCCCACCAUUCUGCAUCACCAGAAAUCAACACAACAAUAAUCAAUAAAAGCAGGGACUGACUAAAGAGCUGUUCCACCAUUUUUUAACCUAACAGAGUGAAUCUUUUGUCUGAUUCCUUUAUUUUUUUUUUCAGUGUCGUUGUUUCGUCUCACACCACUGGAUCUGUGCCUCCUGUACCUCCUGCAGCAGAGACACAAUGACCAGCAGCCUGCAGCUUCCUGUAGACUAGGACCAGAGUACGCCCUGCCUUUAGCUUUUGUUCAAUACUUACCUCCGUUUUCACCGUCUCAUGGCCACGAGUCCCAGCGUCGCCCAGCCGUCCAACAGCACCAUGGCGGAGUCCCAGCAGCCUGAACAGCCAAUCAGCAUGCAGCAAGAAGGAGAGGCCAACCACGCUGCCGUUACCUGUCAACCAACCAGCGCAGAGCAACAAGCCCCGCCCACGACGUCACACCCUGCUGAUGCCAAACAAACGGAGGAAAUGGAACACCUGACAGUAAUCAGUGACAACACGGAGACCAGUAAUGGCAUCGGUCCUGUGAUGGUGGACACGUCUCCCACAGUGUCCUCUGUGUCGCCCAAGCUUCAUGCUAAGCCUGGUGGCCAUGCUAACGGCCGGCCUGGUUUGGGCAGUCGGUCUGGCUCGUUGGCGGCGGGCUCCCCCAGGCCGUCGCUCACCCGCCAGCCCAGCGCCAUCACAGAGGCCACUGUGGAUGGGUCCAAGCCGAGAGAUUACCUGCUCCUGGCCAUCCUGUCCUGCUUCUGCCCACUGUGGCCCAUCAACAUUGUAGCCCUAACCUUCUCCGUGAUGUCCCGAAACAGUCUACAGCAGGGCAACGUGGAUGGAGCUCGCCGUUUGGGCCGUAAUGCCAUGGUUCUGUCUGUCGUCUCCAUCUUGGGAGGGAUAGCCAUCAUCACCGCAGCCAUCAUCCUCAACUGGGGAUGAUGGCGACACUGACUUCACGACCAACAUGACACCGUUUUUUCUCAACUCCCUGAAGCACUAUCGUUCUCAAGCGCCUGCACCGGAUGAAAAACAAAAAUCUAUUCCUGUUCUUUGCUGUUGUUUCUUGCUGCACGACGAGCAUGGUCUGCCUGACGCUCUACCUCCGACACAACCAACACUCCCCGACACGACGCCCUGUUUGGAUAUUGAUUAGGAGAAAAGGAUGGAUCACACAACACUCAUUUCAUUCUGUGGUAACAGCUUAUCUCCUCAUCAGACCACUUUCUCCCAUCGAUGAACAAGUGUUGUCGUGGAAAUGCACAUCGGUCUGUAUGGAAAUGGGAUUAUUCUGACCUCUGAAUGAGUCUACAUGCAACAAGUUUAGUGAUGGUGCAAACUUUUCACUUUUUGAUGCCAAAUAAUUAGAAAUGUGGUGUUUAGCUGAACUGAAACUGGGACAAGUUGCUGCUGAUAGUUCAGCAGGAACCUAAAGAUGAACUGUCAGAGUCUUUGUACUGCAAGAGUGACUUGAGUUUCAUCACCCAACUGUUCCUGUUGGUGUUUAUGGUGCACAUACAUAAAGAUGGACACACUCAUGAUGCUGCUGCUGCUGCUGCUGCUGCUGCAUGGUGAUCAGAGAGCUCAAGUUCUGACAUCACUUUCUGUUUGUUCCACUAGAUUGUAUAACUUAAUACUCAUUCACGGUUCUUUCCUUUUUCUGUUAACUUUCCAUAUUCUCAGACAAGUCAGCUCCAAUACAGCAGCUGAUAUUAGAAAGUGAUUUGUAAUUAAGUCAAACAAUGAUUACUCGAGCACAGAGAAAACUACAGCUCCCAUGAAAAUGUUUUUACUUACGUCAUUGUAACUUGGUUUAAACCAUAUUCAAGAAACUCAUCAGCUGCUCUUCCAAAAUUCAGUUUGCUAGCUGUAACCAUCUCUUCAGCCUUGACAUUUAGCCAGCAAGCACCCAGGGCUUAUGGAAAAUGUUUAUUAAAGGUCACUAAAAAAAAAAAAAAAAAAAAUUAAAUUAACCCCAACAUUAGAUUGCUUUUCAAAAAAAAAUACUGUCCUCAUCAACAUUUGGAGCACUCCAAACAACAUGCUGUUGAGAUUGACCCUGUUCCAAGGUUGGAUCUUUAGUUAUUAUAAGUGUUACAAAUGUCAAUGGGAUUUUAAAUGGGGUUUCACUUCAGCGCGCUGUAACUCCUCAGUCAUGGGACAUAAUACAGAACUAUUACAAUGAUAUUACACUGUUGAGUUAAAGAUAUGACAGCUAAAUCACAAAAUUUCCAAUUCUAGUUCAGCUAGGAAGUCUUCACUCCUCUCCUGACUAUCUUAAAAUGAGAUAAAAAUGAUUGGAAUGAUUUACCAUCUUUAACUAUAAUUUGCGUUUGAGCUGAGCUGUGGUUGUUGAGAUGUCUGAGUGCAGUUCAUGGCCUGUAACUGAGUCUGUCUGGUUUAAACAUAUUAAAUUAUUCCCUCUGACCACAGUAGUAGGAUAUGAAGUGAUGGGCAAAGAUCUGAGUUCCUCUUCCACCACUGGCUGUGGAAAAUCCAGCGUCUUUUCAUGUUAUAAUUUUUAAAGUAUACUUCUGUCAUUUUUACAGUAUGAACACAGCACAUAAUCAAAACCUGCGUAGCAGCAGCACUGGGAACACAGUUUCAUCGGUAAUAUCAAUACUUAAAUCAUCAAUCUGCCCAUCAUUAAUAUGAAGGUCUGUGAUUAAGCAGCACAAUUUAUAGGUUUUUUUAUGGCAUUUGAUCAUUUAACAAGCCUAACAUCUGUGUUUUUUCUUGUUGAAGUAACCUUAUGGGCCAUAAACAUGUCCUGGGACAUAUUAAAUUAUAAAAAUAACUCACUGGAACAAAUAGUUUUUAGUGGCUGGGCGUCUGGCUGAUGAACAGCUUGAUUUUUACACAGUAAACCAUAACCAUAGAGCUCAUCUCGUCCUUGUGAAGUCAGCGUUUUCUCAGCUUUCAGAGCCUCAGUGUGAGGCUGUGCCAAACACCAGGGUGUGAGCCAACCUGCACAAAAACAGCUUUCUCUUUUUGUUUAAAUGUGUGUGCUACUAGGGCUUUGUGGACAGAUUGUUUCGGGGGAAACUUUAAGGAAAUAAGCUGUUGUUAUGGAAGUAAAUCAUCUCUUAUAACCUGUGCAUGUUUACAGUAUUUAUUACAGAAUGAUUUUACAUAAAACGGUAGCCUCAUUUAGCAGGAGAGCUAAUUGAGUAGCACUUUGUAAAUAAAUAAUAUGAUAAAUUAUAGUAUGUGUGCCUGUUAAAGCCAUCCCCCUUUUUCUCUUUUUCAUGGAGAUGUAACUGACCAACAAAUAACUUGCGGCCAAAAAUACACAUGGGUGUUUUUAUAGAGGACAUCGCUGCUGUGAAAAUAAAGCUCCACUCAAAGGGACAAAGCAGUGGCAUGUUUGAACUUUGCACCAAUCAGACGGUGUCUGGAGGUGAGGUCAGGUGAGGUCAGGCUCAGAGGUGGGGAUGGAAGUACCACUCUCACCUUCACUCCGCCUCAACCCACUCCUUUACUGUAUGUAGCAUGCCUGUUUACUAAUCACAUUAUGCAAAACAAUGGUCCCAGCUCGAUGUCAGUAUGAAUGCUAGCUUCCCUGAGUUUUGCUAUGGUUGUAUACUUGUACACGGUUUUGUAUGGACUUUGCUUGCGCUACCUCUCAGAGUUGCCUACAGUGUUUUAUCAACUGCGCCUCACAUUGUUCCACUUUGAUGAUUUUAACUGACUGUUCAAUAUCUUGUGCUAUUGUUUGUAUUUUCCUCUGUUGUGUUUCUAUCAGAGAUUUUUCACAAACUAACAUUCUAAUUAUGAUAUUAAUGUUCAGGGUUUUAAUUGUUCUUCCCACAAAUCUUUACAGUUAUCUCGAAUUCAACCGGUACAAGUUCUGUAAAUAGUAAACUUCUAUAAUAUACUUACAAUAUAUAUAUUUACACGCAAAGAUCAGUUCCAAGGAAGAUUUUUGGUUUUCAGCAGAGACAAAUGUAUCGUCAUAAAUCGGUUCAUAUGAUAUCUUACGAAAAUAUACACACAACGGUUUGUGUGAUAUCUUACGAAUUAGUGCCCCAGGGAUGACAAUAGGUACAGUACUUAACCUUAAGUUAUGUACUUAACGUGAAGUAAUGUGGGUUAGGUUUAGGAAAAAACAUGGUGAGGAUGUACCUUAAAAUAACUCUAAGAUCAGUUGAUUUCACACAGUUUCGAACACCCGCCUCCUGGGGUAAAGUCCUGGAAAGUCCUGCGUAUUGUGACCCAUCCACCAACCCAACGUGCCUCCUUACAUGGACUAAUUCCUUCUUUCUCCCCUCAGCGCAAAGGUCACGUGAUCACAACCUUCCCAGUUCCAUGGGUUAUGCACGAAUUACUGGGUUAUGAUUACGGAAGAUACGAAUUGUGGUGCAUUACUUUUUGUAGGUAUACUUAUGAACAGUGCAUUAGAACAGCCUGCAGAGAAUUAUCUUUGAUAAUAAGUAUAUAAUAAUAAUGAUAAUAAUAAUAAUAAUAAACAACUUUUAGUGCAGAGUUGGGCUGCUACCUUUCAUAUGAAACUCAAACUAGCGUUUGAAUGUGGGAGAUCAUUAAAUAUUAAAUCUGUAACGACAUUUUCAUAACAGUUCCCCACCAACCCACGCUCAAUGAACACUCCCCAAAAAACACAAAGUAAAACAUGUCCUGGAGAGGAAAAAAAGACUUAACCUGUGCAUACAAAUAAAGAAGUUACCACUUGGAUUUUAUGCAGUUAUGUUUUAAUUUUGGACAGAAAUAUGUGCAUAUACAUGGGAUUUUGCCCACUGAAUGAAUGUGUAACGAAUGUUAUCUUUACACCUUUUAUACAUGUUAAAAUGUUUGAUUUUCUGUUAAAAGCUCAUAAUUUACUAUUGAUGUGAGAGUGUAACUUGAUCAAUUGUGUUCACUAAACGUAAGGAUUUAUUUUUUUUAAUUUCCAAGGCACCUUUGAGCCUCCAUAAAAAAUGGAUCAAAAUAAAGAGAUGGAGCUAUAUGAGCGGUAAAAAAACCCCGAUGCAUUUGAUAAAUAUACUUAAGUCCAGUGAAGUCCCAAGAUAAGCCCAGUAUCAUUUCAAAGUGUAUAGCAGACCAGUAAAUAUAGCGUAGUAGAGAAAAUAGUGGACACUGUAAGCAUGAGUAGACUGUCAGCCAAAUUCAUUAUGUCCUUCUCUUGAUAUUGAUUGCUAUCUCCUGACACGAACUCUUUUUGUGCCUGUGCAUGCCUUAAAUUGACUGCUUUAUGAAGCAUACAGAAUGAGAAUGGGUGUACACAAAUACAUUUAUCAACGACAUUGUUGAUCUUGAUUACUGAUGUUGAGUAUUUGAUCAUGUUUGAA